AUGCACACCUUCCGCCGCCUGAAGUCCCGGAAGCUGCUCACCGACGCUUUCGAAUUGCUCGACGACAUCAUGGACCCCCGCCUGUACCGUGGCAUCUCGUCCGAAAGCAUCUCGCCCUACUACGAGUCCACAGCGUCAACACCAUCGCUGCGCGCGCCGGAGAGAGCUGCCACGCCGGACACAAUGGCGGAUCAGGAGGGAGGAAAUGUCAAGGUCGUUGUGCGCGUGAGAAGGCAUGUAAAGAGAGAAAUCGAGCGUGGUGCCGAAUGCCUCAUCCGCAUGGACCCGCACACGCAGCGCACCACCCUUCUCGUUCCCAAUGACACCGACCCUGCCAACGCACGCAGCAAUUCCCGCAAGAUCUACGAAGAAAAGUCCUUCACCUUCGACAAGUCCUUCUGGUCGCACGACCCCACCUCUUCCCACUAUGCAGACCAGUCCGCCAUUUACCGCUCCUUCGGCGAGGAGUUCCUCGACCACAACUUCGCCGGCUACCACACCUGCAUCUUCGCGUACGGACAAACCGGGUCCGGAAAAUCCUACACCAUGAUGGGCACGCCUGAGGCGCCCGGGCUCAUCCCACGAACUUGCCAGGAGCUCUUCCACCGCAUCGAGAGCGACCCGACGCCAAACACAACCUACAACGUGCACGUCUCGUACCUGGAGAUCUACAACGAGCACGUGCGCGACCUCCUCGCCUCGCGGCCCUCCUCUUCCGGGGGCCAGCCUAAGGACCCAGCAGCCUACUACCUCAAGAUCCGCGAAUCCCCCGCCGACGGCGUAUACAUCCAGGGCCUGACAGACGUCGCGGUGCGCAGCUACGCCGACAUCUCACGCCUCUUCCGCAUCGGCGAUGCGAACCGCACGACCGCGGCGACGAAGAUGAACGAUAGCUCCAGCAGGAGCCACGCCGUGUUCACGAUCCACCUGAAGCAGAUCCAGCACAGCAUGACAACCGACAGCGUGAUCGAGCGGUCCGCACGCAUGCGGCUCGUCGACCUCGCCGGCUCCGAGCGCGCAAAAGCGACGGAAGCAACAGGCCAGCGUCUCGUCGAGGGCGGCAAGAUCAACAAAUCCCUGACAACCCUCGGCCGCGUCAUCGCCGCCCUAGCCGAUCCGAAACGCUGCGCAGCUUUCGCCUCCGGCAAACCCAGCAAGAGGAGUGUUGCUGGCGAGACAGUGGUGCCCUACCGCGACUCCGUCCUCACAUGGCUGCUCAAAGACUCGCUGGGCGGAAACUCCAAGACGGCAAUGGUGGCCUGCAUCGCGCCCUCCGACUACGACGAGACGCUGAGCACGCUGCGCUAUGCCAGCCAAGCGAAAAUGAUACGCACGCGCGCGACCGUGAACCAAGACGCCGUGUCCGCCGCGCAGCGCGACGCGCAGAUCGCCGAGAUGGCCGCCACGAUCGCUGCGCUGCAGACGUCGUUCCAUGCGGCCACGGUGGCGAGGAAGCGGGAGGAGGCGACCGAGCUGGAGGAGUAUCAGAAGCAGGUUGGACGCAUGCAGCGGAUGAUGGAGGAGAGUAGGUUAGUGAGCGAGGCGAAGAUUCGGAGUUUGACUGCUGAGGUUGAGGAGUUGAGGCCGUUGUGUGAGAGGCUCAGGGGAGAGGGGGAGGCGCUGAGGAGGCAUUUGGGACUUGUGGUCGGGGAGUUGAGGAAUCCAAUUGUUUUGCCGACACCCAGAGAUAGUGAGCCGGUGACGCCGGAGGGGGGCGAAGAGCAUGGUGGGAACGAGGAGGAUAAGGAGAAUGCGGGGGAUGAGGUGAUGAUGAUGGAAGAUGAGGGCUACGAGGACGAGGGAGAGGAGUUCGCGAGAGAGCUGCAUGCGCAUGCCGAGGACUUCUUGAAGGAGAUUGGUAUGUUCAGGAAGAAGGUUGGGGGCGACUAUGCGAGGUUUGGUGAACGAAGAGUCAAUCCGCUGGCGGAGGUAACUGUGAAUUGA